AUGGGGGAGGAGGGCGACAAAAAUGUCGGACCCAAUAUUGAGUCCGACCGGAACACGCACAGCUUGGCCGAUGCUAGUCUCUCAGAGGAUUCGUCCCACGCGCAGCAGAUCGCCCGUAAUCGUGCACGCCCACCACUAGGGCCGUCCAGGAGCCAGCCGCCCCGGACGAGUUCGCAAGCCUCCCAGUCCAAGAACUUCGAAUUUGUCUUGGUCACCGAUAAUGAAUCUCGGCGUCAGGUCCGGCGCCAUGCCAUGCGUCAGUAUAUGCAUCAGCGACGGAUUGAUAGCAUCGCUCGCUUAGAGACCUCUCGUCUCCCCGUCGGUGGCUGGACCUCCCGCAAGCCCCUUGAUGGAUUUGUAUCGGAAUCACCUUCGGCAACAGUAGAUAUCGACGAUGGUAACAUUUCACCGUCUGACACAAAAUUUUCAGUCGAACAAGGGCGCCAUUCUGCGGGGAAGGGAAAGGCCCCAUCUCGGAUGCCAAUACCGAAAUUGCAUAGUGUCAAACGCGGAGAUCCUUCUCCGUCUUCAAAGGCUAGUCCAGAAUGUCCCGAGCCUGAGAUAGGUCUCGGUGGAGGUGGUACACAGGAUCCCUUUGGAUCCUAUCCGAUCCCUGUUUGUUACGCCGAUCAUCAGCUGAUCCAACACUUUGUGGUGACAUACCCAUCCAUGAUGUACAAGUUUGUCGACUCGCUGCCAAACAACCCGAUGAUGGAGAUCUUUCGGCAAUUCGCACUCCACGACGGUCUCCCGUUCCAGGCGAUGCUUGCUAUUGCGUCCAAGCAUCGCGCGGGUGUCGAAGGCAAAACAGAGUCGAUUCAGAGUCUGACGCACAAAAUGCGGGCGCUGCGAUUGAUGAAUGAGCGCAUCCAGGCAGACUCAGUGGGACAAUGCGAUGGGACUAUCUAUGCGGUAGCCACUAUGGCUGUCAUCGAGAAAUGGUCCAGGGACUCCUCGAUCGAGCGAAUGCACUUCAGGGGGCUAGCCUCGAUGCUCAGGCAUCGUGGGGGGAUGCGCGGCAUGCGGGCAUCGUGUCCUUUUCUGGAGAAGGUUCUAUACUGGGUUGACUUCAGCUGCGCCCCAAAGGCGAUCGUGGGCAGCUCUUUGCCAUGGACAGGGAGCAUUCCAGACAUGCCACCAGCCUCACUCGACUUUUUGACUUCAGAACUCCACCUCGCAGACCCCCACUAUCCCACAUCCAUAGAAGACGCAGAAACCUACGACCAAUUCCGGUCCUGCGAGGACUUCCUCCAAUUCUUCCGCCACCUCGAAGCCCUAGAGCGGGCAGCCCUAAACCACCACGGCAGCAUCGUGGCCGACGAAUCCACCCCACGCACCAAACGCUUCAACCCAGGGACACGCCUCCACGCCAUAAUCACCAUGCUCCCAGACUACGACCACGGCAUCCGCGACAUCCGCUUCAUCGACGAAUACACCUGCAUGACCUGCCUCUUCUUCCUGGCCAUCGGCCUCUACGACAGCUACCUAACAAGCACCAAUUUCGACCACUACAUAAACUGGCUCGACACAGAGAUCACAAAACUCAACCCCUACAGCAACCCCAGCAUCACCUCGAUCAUGUGGCUCUUCCUCAACAACGGCGGCUACCCCGCAGGGUACCCCGGCGACGCCGGCGACAGAUGCUGGGCCGUGUCCCGCAUGGUGCGCGUCGCCAAGCGUCUGGAGUGGAAACGCCAGGGCACGAUCUGGGACCGUGUCCGGGAGGUGCUGAUCGACUUUCUGGCUACGCAGCAAGACUGCGCGCUGGGGUCGGAUUACGUUGACGCGGAGGCGCUGGCCGCCCGGCGGGCGAGGAAUCAGAUGCCGAGGGAGUACUUCUGGGAUGAGGAUGAGAUGCGGAAUGAUAUUCUGGGAACUGAUCAGGAUGGAGUUUAG